UCAUUUUUGUGGGGGUCAUUAUCACCGAGCGCACUCGCGCUCGUGGUAAGAUCGCCCGGCGCACCGUUCAGUACAGUUAUAACUUUGCUACGAGCCUGACGAGACACUCUCGCGAGUCUUCUCUCUUCUCUCGGAGGUCGCGCCUCGACACGCGCGCCUCGAACACGCGCGCCUUGACACCCCCCUCGACACUCCUAUCCUUAUCUUUCUCUUUUCCUAAUAUCUACGAGAAGAAUAGAAACUGUCAAUAGUGUGCGAUCAACGGACCGCGUUCUUCGAAUGUUCUUAGAGUAUCUCUUUGUUAUUUUCUUCGAUAUCAGUGGUGGAUCGAGUGAAAAAUCAAGAUCGAUCGGUCUUGGAAUCGGCCGUUUCGAUUUAAAAAAAAAAAAGAUCGACAUCGUUGGAACAUGCGGCGGAUCGUUAGAGGAUCGUAACAAGAUACGAGAAAGAGAGCAGGAAGAUGCUGUGCCUUAAGAAACGAAGAACUUAUAGCUUCACGCAGGGUACCUGCGUGGAUCUUCCUCGGCGCUCGAAGAAGGACGCUGCUCGUUACGAGGGGUCCUUGAACAUGGCUAUUACGACACUGCCACGCAACAACAGGAGCAGGGAGGAGAGGCCAUCCGGAAUGGUUCUUACCGUAACCGAGGACACACCGGCGGAUAUGCUGGCUGGGAGUAUGGAACUUCUGGUCCAGCUUCCGCGCGAGCAUCAUCUUAACGCGCAAAGAGUCACCGUCCAGAGGAGUACUCCGAUGAUGGAUCUUCUCGUUCAAAUUGCAACGGCCCACAAAUUGGCAGCUUCGAGUUACACCUUGCAAGCGAUCGGCGAGCGUGGGUUAGUUUUACCUCAUCAACCGAACACGCCGAUAGGAGCACUCGAUGCUCUUCAGGUGAAAUUACUUCCCAAGCAAUGUGCGUUCGUCCCGAAAAAGGUGAAGCCUGCGAAUCAACCUUUCGAAACAACAUUCAGAUUGCAGGUACAUUUACCAAGGAAUCAAUUGUACGUUUCAAGAGUCAGUCCGAAAAUGAAUCUAGGUGAAAUUCUGAACGAAGUGUGCCGUGAGAAGAAUCUGGACAAACACAAGUACGAGCUACGUCAUCCGGUGAACUUGGAAGAAAUACUGGAUCUAUCCCUGUCCCUUCAGGACUAUCAUCUGCAGGAAGUAACGCUUUACGCGAAACAAGGUAGAACGUUGGGUUCCGCUUUGAGCUCGCAGGACAUAAUGGCUCUGCAAAGGCAAGAAGAGAGACGUAGGCAGCAAGCGAAGCAGAGCGUCUUUGGAUUCAUGUUUAAAAAAUCAAAGGAGAGCUCGUUGAGCACCGACAGUCUAGAGGGUCGAAGCGUGUCACCAGCGAGAAGCGACGAAACUGGAAGAAGUGCCAGUCCGCUUCAACCACCUACGAGACCUCAGAGAAAGAGGAGACUCGCACCGAAACCGCCUACCUCUUACGAUCAAGAACAACAACGGGCUACUACGACCACCGGUACGAUACCAACGACGACGAUGAGAUCGGCGGCGGCGGCGGCGGCUCCAGCGGCGACAACGACAAGGACGACAAACGCGGAAUCAUCGAUGAAAGAAAAGAUGCUCAUCGGUCACAGUCGAAAUAGCAGCGAUAGUUCGGGAUAUCACGAGGCUUCCGUGUUAAGUGACAAUCCAGAUUCGGCUGGACGACUCCCGGAAACUCUACCAAGGAGAAACAGAACGCCUGGUACCAACGAGAUCCCGAGAAAACUCGUUCAUACCUCGCAGUCGAGUAAAAGUCUCGGUAAUCUCGCCGUAACCGCGUCCGGUGCCUCUCUCGAUCGAGCCCUCAGCAGCUCCUCCCUCAGCAGUUCCACCGACUCGAAUUCAAGUUUGAAGAAGAAACGUGCCGCACCACCUCCACCAGUUUCGAGGCCACUCUCCGCAGCCAUCUCUAAUCAAGCGUUAGAACGUAUCGACGAUUCCGAGGAAUCCUUGACUUCCGAUAUGGAUCCUUCGAAGCCACCAUCGGACAUCGGUGCACCCUCGAAGGCCUCCUCGGACAUCGGUUUGAGCACGAUUCUUGUCCUUGACAAGACCGAUCACCCGGAGAUGAUGAGAAAGGAGAAGAGCAAUUCGAUUCGAAUGGCCGAUGUUAACGCGGUAGAGGAUCCUCCAAAAGUAGAGAACGCUAGAGUAGAAGUUAAAAGAGAAAAGGCAUCGCCCGAGGAAUUAACGCCCUUGCCUAAGCCUCGCAAAGUUGUACGACCAAAAGAGGAGAGAUCGUCGCCGAUAGACCCGCCGCCAGUACCUAAGCGUAGAUUAGUGCCACCGGUAGUGUUAUCUAGAUCACAGAGCAAGGAUUCUUUAGAUCCUUCGUCGAAUAGGAACGUAAUAAAGACGAAUGCGGAAGAUGUUCGCUCUUCUUUUUCCUCUUCUUCCUCUGGUGGCCUCGAAUUCGAAGCACGAGAGACGGACCCGUUGGAGACAGAUAAGAAAUCGAAUCUCUUGACGAAACACGCCAAGAGUAUGAACGACUUAUAUAACGUCGAUUCGACAGGAUAUAAAUCCUGUACCGUGAUAUCGAUGAUACCAAAAUGCGAUCGUUUCGAGAUCUCGAGAAACUCGAGAUCGUCCAGUUGCGGCAGACUCACCGAUGAGAAUCGUCUCUACGAAGAAAAGAAAACGAUCCAUAUGGAGAACGAUUAUAAAAGAGAUUUCGAUGUUACCUCGGUGACGAAGGAUAAUGAGAUCUUCGAGGAUAGCCCGAAGGACUCGAAAAGAUCAAAGGUCUAUCGUAGUCCGUCCGAAUCGAACGACUUUCAAGUCGAUUCGUUCAACAAACGGAAGAGACAUUUGACGUCUCAAUCGAAGGAUAUCGUGUUCGCUUUAAAUCUGAACCUGACGUUCGGAUCCGAAAAAGAAUCGGACGUUGAGAAGGAAAACGGGCAGACGGAAAGGGCUAACGCAGUAGAGGGGAUAUCAGAGGUCGAGAGGAAGCUAUGCGACACGGACGCUCUGCUGCACAAAGUGUCCGAAACUUUAUCGUCGUCGUCGUUGGCGUCGUCGAACGAAGAGACCGAAAAUGUUUAUAACGCGGUGAAAAAAACUAACGCAAAUCGUCGCACGGAGGAGGAUCUGGAUGAGGAUAAGGAGACCCCUGAUUAUGGCGAAGAAAGGAAAAAUCAACAGGACACCUCGGAUUACGUGUCCGCCCUCGAGGAAGAUUCGUCGAUGGCUGAUUGGGAAUAUCAAUUGCCGGCACCACCGAGCGCCUUUCGAGAUACCGAUUCGUCGCUCUUCGAUGGCUACGACACGGUAACCCUGAGAUCAGUCGAGGCGUUCAAGGAAUCGCUCGUUGAAAAUCGAGACGAUCGUAGUCGUGUCAACAAUGUGUCAACGUUCAUCGACUCGGAUCGAAUCCGCGAGAUCGAAGGAAAAACGAUGUCGAUCGAUAAAGAUAAAAGUAAGAAUAUGGAAUUGCAAAGGGCCGGGUCAGAAUCGAAAUUUAAAAAAGAAGUGAUAUCGGAACUUGAAACUAAGAUAGAAAGAGGAACAUUGGCCCGAUCGCAAAAGGAACCAGAUUCAAGGAAAGUUAAUAGUGGUACGCCGACGUUAACGACGUCAAACUUCGCGCCCGUAGAUAACACGCUGUCGAAUUUUACAAUCACCACGUAUACGCGUCAAAAGAGUAUAGAUAUAUUCAAGGAAAAGGAGGAUAAAUGUUCCCUCGAAGACGAGGCUAGUCGGAAUAAAAAAACAGAGCCAAAGAUUUCCAACGAUGUCGAGUCUACGCGAGUUUGGCAAGCCGUGAACGCCAAAGCCGGUAUCGUUAAACGAUCCAAGAGUCAUGCAUCCGCGAUUAGCAAGGCCAACUCGAAGAACGAAGUGGAAGGGCCUAGGAUCGAUCCGAAUGAAAAAACGUCGUCCAGCACGUCGAUGUCGGACGUCGAUAUUGAGGACAAGUUUACACAGCGAAGAAAUAAUCGCCAGGAGGAAUCUACCAAAGGGAAAGAAGAGUUGCGAUCGUUGCAGGUGUUGAAAAGCAUUUUGCCGCAGUUGACGAGCUCACAACCAGCGGAAGAAAAUGUAUCGAAAGAAAGGAACGUGGUAACGCGAGAAAAAGCAAAGGCAAGGUUCGAGGCGUCAUCCGACCGAGAUCAUUCUGUAACGUCGAGCGUGAUUUCGUCACGCGGCGAAUCUCACGUAACGGCGCAACGAGAGAGUAAAGGUACGAUGGAUGACGAUGGGGAAACGAGGACGAAACGUCGUUACGCUUAUAACGGUCCGCCAGCGAUCAGUUUAGGAAGUUGGGCCGAAAGACCAACCUUCAAGGUUCAAAUUAAAACGGACACAGAUUAUAAAUUUCAAAGGGACAAAUUGGCGGAAGGCGGUACGAUUGAUUCGAAGGAAAGACAUGAUAAGCGAGACACGGAUGAUCUUGCGGAUAAGCUGAAGAACGACGCGACGAUCGUUUUUGGAACAAAGAGGACAACUUUUAACGAAACGAUCGCUCUCGAGUCGAAAAAAAAUGAGGGGAGACCUAUCGUGACAGGUGUCGAAUUGAAGAAGACCGGCGUGAAAGAGAAGGAGGAUACUCAUAAAAAGUCAAUGAAGGAUAAUGAGAAAGAUAACGAAAAGUUGAUAGACACGACACCGUUGAAUUUUCAAGAAUUAACCAAGGCCUUUCGUAUCGACAUCGAGCAUAGGAUAAAACCUAUGUCCCAACGUGCCAAUGCAAACAGACAUUCCGAUUAUUACGGUUCGCACCAGGAAUUCCUUCGUAAGAAGGUUGAUGAUACGAGGAAACAAAACGGGCAGCCGAUGAACGAUGAAUUCUCUUUUAAAAGGAACAUUUUCCAAAAGGAUAAUGCAUUGAUCAACGGUAAUCGCAAUAUCAAUGUCAAUUCCGAGGGUAAUCAAUUCGGCUCGUUCGUGGGAAUAAAUUCGGUGAAUCAUCGUCGUUCAUUCAAUCAGGAUCAGACCGUUCAAAGGAAGAAUAACGUGACGCUGAGGAACAACAACGCAAACGGCAUAAAGCCGCACCCUAUGCCUACACCCGUCGUAAAGGGAUUCAAAGUAUCGACGUUGCCUUUUAAAGAAUCGAAAGUUAUUAAAGCCGAAAUUAAGGUUAAUCAAAACGAUGAAGUCGUUGAGGCACUGCCUCCCAAAGCUCCGACGAUGCCCGUAAUAAUGGGUGUUACUUUAAAAAGUACUAACGCGAGACCAAAGUCAAUGCCGAUAAACGUAGAUCCUAGAGAUAUGCUAUUGGAGUCCAUUAGGAAUUUUGGGGGUCGAGGAAAAUUAAAAAACAUUGCAGAGAGGUAUUAAAAAUAAAUCGACGGUCAUAAUGGUAAAGCACCGAGAGGGAAGUCACAUAGAAAAUCAACUACGAAAGAUAGAAAAUCUCCUUUUCUUUCCUCUACUCGUCUUCUCUCCUCUUAUCUUAUCUUAUCUCAUCCCAUCCUAUAUUACGCGUGUACACGUUGUCUUCGCAGUUAUUUAAUUAAUGCGACGGUAAGAGACUCCUGAAUAUUAUGAAUUAGAUUUUAUGUACAUAGUAUACUAAGCCUUUAUACUGCGUUCGUCUCGCGUGGAAUUACGAAUUACGCAAUGAUCGAACGAAUAUGUUUCCUCGUUAAAUUACUACAACAAAAUAAGGUUGGUAAGCUUCUCUCGAUGCUUCUCUAAUUACGCGUAGCGUACAGUUAACUGUACGAAUCAUGGAAAUACGUGAAAUCAAACGAUGCCUGGUGAUGAUGGACGGAUACAGGGAGAGAGAGAGAGAGAGAGAGAGAGAGUACUUACAACCUUUAUCGGCAUGGACGCGAAACGAAUCGACCACGUCGAAUAAAUAAUCGUGCAAAACUAAAGAUUUUCUUUUCUUUUUCGUUUGUUUGAAAGAUUGUGCCAUUUGUGAUUCCCUUUCAAGAAAAUUGUCCAUUAUUAUUUCAUUUUUUUUCGACGUCGAUUCGUUCUCUCUUUCUUUUUAAUAAAAUUCCACAAAAGUCAUUCCACGUUAGCUACGUGUAAAUACGUUGUACAAAAAGCCUGGUACGUUGAUCGAGCAUGUAUAUAUUCUAUUGGUGAAGUAUCGAUCAUCGGUUAGAACUUGGGAAUGUUCGUUCGUAAGAGGGAAUCAACGCUUGUCGCUCCAUCGAAGAAGCGAUCUAAAGUCGAUUAAUAAUCGAUCGAUCGGUCGGUCGUUCGCGGAUCGUUAUAAAGAUAAUGAAAGAGCGAAGAGAAAAAAAAAAGAGUUUUUAACAUUACAAGGUCAUUCUAGCUUUGGUCAAGUCAUACACGUAACAACGCCAAAGCCACUUUUUUUAUGGCCGAAUGAGAUAUUAAAUACUAAUAAUAGCAACUUUGUUUGUUGGCUAACAAUUAAUUAUUCUAAACUUUGCAUAUAAUUUUAAGUUUCUAUAAACGGGACCAAAGGUAACAUUUCUUCUUCUUCUUCUUCCUCUUCUUCUACUACGAUAUCGACAACGAAUUUAGAAAUAUAGAAUGUGUUAUUUAAAUGAAUACGAAGUAUAGUCUUUGAUAAAGUCUGGUCAGUCGAUUUAUGACAAUAUAGCGGUUAGACGCAAACGAUACGUUGUACGUCGCGUAAAAGAAUAGUUUUGGAAAUUUUCCUUUAAUAAUAGCAAAAAAUUAUUUUUCUUUUAAACUGUGCUACUAAAGAUAAAACUCUGUAGUAUGAUGUAUUACCUAACACAUUUUCGAUACAGAAUAUAUACGUUUCUAUUAUUAACUUAAGUCUAGGCUAUUUCUACCCUUUCGUUUUCUCUAUAGAAUAUUUUUCUUUUUCUUUUCUCCCUUCAAAGAAAGUAGUAUCAUCAUGCAACGAGUCGCAUUCAAAGACGCAAGUCGUUUUUUUUUUCUCUUUUUCUUUUGCUUUUUCCUUUUUCACGCCUAUCCCCUCCCCCCGUCAAUCCUAAAUAAAUGAUAUAUUUAAUUGGAUUCGUCUCUACCACAGUGUGGAUGUGAAUUUUUAUACUCAAAUCGAGUUUACAAUCAUCUUUCACAGUCAGAAAUUAAUCUGACAGUAUUAUUAGGCACUGGACAAAAUUACUGUAUUGUAUAUAGGUAUUUAUAUUAUGUCCAUUACUUUGCAUAAACGAUAUAAUAAUACACUGAAACAUUUAUUUAUAUGCGUUAUAAUUUAUAACCGAUUAAAAUGGUAACAUUCGA